AUGCAAGAUCUGGCUACGAUUGCCUCUGCGAUGAGAAACGGUGGCCAAGCCACGGAAGGCGGGACGACGCGCAGGCCAUGGUUACGUCAGGCUGUAUGGUACUGGCUAGUGAAUCCCACCCCGGGAUGCCUGGCGCGUAAACACACCUCGGUCGGGUGUGUCAGCACACGCAAACACACCCACUCACCAGCACAGACUGAAGCACCAACCUCGACUGGGCGUUAUGACCUCGGGGCCGGGUCUGAAAUGAGUCCGAUUCCCCAUGUCGUACAAGAGUGGACUUUGCGGAGAUCGCAGACGCCUUAA